UUGGCUAGAGCGCGCGGGGGAAGGUCCUCUCUUUUCAUCUUCUCGGGUACGCCAUUCGAGUUUUCCAACGAUACGCGCCUUUUCUCAAACCUCUCAAUCACUAGUUUAUGCCCUUGGUCUCGCUUUCCUUGUUUCCAUCGUCUUCGAUGCGAGUAGUUUUCUAGGGCAGCGUAAUCCUUCGUUUCGUUUUAUCUCAACAAUGGAGGAGGAGACAUCGACUACUCUAAACCUCUGGAGAUAGUUUACUUUUUAUUAUUGUAAUGGGGAAAAGGAAUACGGUUGUUCUCUUGUCAUCAGACGAAGAAGAAGAGAAAUACUAUACAGUCGGUUCAAAGUCUGGUUCUGUACAUGCUACAGUUCCUCGUCUAAAUACCAGAAGAAGAGCUAAGAAAACUCGCAUCUCGGAUUCUUCUCCCGUAUGCUCUUCGGCAGGGUUCAACGAGAUUAAGCUAUUGUGUCAAGAUUUUGACGAAGGAUUCAGGGAAUCUACUGAGUACUGCAGAAGCUUCAAGAAGAAUCUAUGGGUUGAGAAGUACAAACCUUGUUCCUUGGACGAGCUUGCUGUUCAUAAAAAGAAGGUUGAUGAAGUCAAGACCUGGUUUUCUGAGCGAUUGAGAAAUCAGCAGGGGGAAACUUCUCAUAAUGUCCUUAUCAUCACUGGUGCUGCUGGAGUCGGAAAAUCUGUAUGUUGUUUGUAUGACCAAUGGUUGCAGGCAACUGUCCAUGUGGUUGCAUCUCACCUUGGAGCUACUUUGUGUGAGUGGAAUGCACCAACUCCUACAAACUGGCAAGAAUAUGUCCAUACUUCUAGUUCAGGUGUAUGCUACACAUCAAAACUGGAGGAGUUUGAAACUUUUGUGGAGAAAAUAAGGAAAUAUGGAGUGAUCUCCACGUCCCAUUCAACUUCUGGAGAAGCACGGUCCUCAACCAUACUUGUAAUUGAUGAUCUUCCGAUGACAAAUGGAAGAAGUGCAUAUGCAAGGCUUCUCAGGUGCUUGCAUCUUCUAGUGCAAUUUGCUCGCACCCCAACCAUCAUAUUGAUCACUGAGUAUGAUAAAUCAGACUCUUCUGACAACAACCGACAGAAUAUGGACGAGCUUCAAUUGUCACUUCAAAAUGCUGGAGCUUGUAAGGUAGCUUUCAAUCCCAUUACAGUAAAUUCCAUCAAGAAGACCCUUAAUAAGAUAUGCAAAGAAGAGCACCGCUUGUUGAGUGCUGAGCAGAUUGAUUUUCUAGCAAAAUCCAGUGGAGGUGAUAUCAGAAAUGCGGUCACAUCAUUGCAAUACUUCUGCUUGAAACCACGUGCAGGAAUUGCUAAAACUUUCCCUGAUAAGGGAUCCAAUGCGAAUAAUUCGCUUGAAGAAGGAUUUGUUGUACCACUUGGCAAAGAUGAAACUCUCUUUCUUUUCCAUGCGUUGGGAAAAUUUCUGCACAACAAAAGAGAGACAGGAGCUGUUGCGUGUAUGGAAUCAAAUGCAUUCAGGGUGAAGGACAAACUAGCAAGACUUCCACUCAAAAUGGAUGCUCCAGAAACAAUCCUUUGCCAAGCGCAUGGACAAGCAAGGCCCGUUGCUGAUUUCCUACAUGAAAAUGUUCUGGAUUUUCUAGGUGAGGAAGCAAUAGAUGAUGCAUGGGUUAUAUCCUCGUAUUUGAGUGAUGCUGAUAUCCUUGUUGCACAGAAUGGUGGUGGCAUGCUAACAAGACAAAACUAUAAGAUUGAGAACAUUGUAGAGUCUGCAGCAGCAUCUGUUGCUGUUCGAGGGGUGCUGUUUGGAAAUUCUCAUCCAUUGAGUUCCAGGUGGCAUGCCAUUCGACGUCCAAAGUCUUGGCAGGUGGAUCAAUCUUGCUCGCGUAACAAGUUGGAGAUAGCGAGCCAGAGGCAUCAUAUGGCCUAUAAUGGGUGGAGGUCAUGUAAUAUGUCUGUUCUUGCAACCGAGUGGAGACCUGCCCUUAAAUGGCUUCAAUCUAGAGAUUCAAAUGCUUCUUAUAUAGAAUCCGACACAUCAGAAGACGAGAAGCCAAACAACAGCUCAAGAUUAAAGGAGAAUAGUUCUAGCUCAGAAGAUGAAAUUGAAGAUUGGUAGUUUAUAUUUUAACUGUUCAAUAAAAUAGCAAGCCUUUUUUGUAUUUGUAAAUCCUGUAAAAUAUAGUUUUAGUGGGAAAUCCAUUAUCAUCUAUCUCCACCAACAUUUCUAUAUAAUUGGACGAUUCUUUUAAACAUAUCAACUUUUAUGACAAA